AUGAAUUUCCUCAGCACGCUCUGGUCCCUGGUCCUCGUGACCACGACCACGACCACGACCACGACCACACUGGCCAGUCCCACGCCCUCCAGCAUGGACGUCCGCUCCCAUCUCGAGGCACGCGCCGGACAAUCACUCGAGGCUUCCUCGCCCGCUGUCUCGUACACCAACACCCUCAUCGAGCAGCGUGCCGACCCGCACAUCUACAAGCACACGGAUGGCCUCUACUACUUCACCGCCAGCGUGCCCGCCUACGAUCAGGUCAUCCUGCGUCGCGCCGAGACCAUUGAGGGCCUCCGCGACGCCCCCGAGACCGUCGUCUAUGAGCGCACCGCUACCGAGGGCCCCGGCAGCGGCUACAUCUGGGCGCCCGAGAUCCACCACAUUGACGGGAAGUGGUACAUUUACGUCGCCUUUGAGCAGGGCCAGCGUGGCUCCUGGGCCAUCCGCCCCGUCGUCUUGGAGGGCACGGGCGACAACCCCCUCGAGGCCACCUGGGAGAACAAGGGCGUCAUCGACACGGGCAUGGACGACUUCUCGCUCGACAUGACCUACUUUGAGGUCAACGGCGUCCGCUACCUCUCCUGGGCCCAGGCAGACGCCAGCUUCGGCUCGGGCACAGGCCUCUUCAUCGCCAAGAUGGUCAACCCCUGGACCCUCGAGCUCCCCUCCGUCGGCAUCUCCUACCCCACGCUCGCCUGGGAGCGCGUCGGCCACAACGUCAACGAGGGCGCCUAUGCCAUCGUCCGCAACGGCAAGGUCUUCCUGUCCUACUCGGCCAGCGCCACCGACCACAACUACUGCGUUGGCCUGCUCACCGCCGACGAGACGGCCGACCUGACGGACCCCAACGUCUGGAGCAAGGCCCAGGCGCCUGUCUUUGAGAGCUACGAGCCCACGGAGAACUGGGGACCGGGUCACAACUCGUUUACGAAAUCCGAGGAUGGCCUGAGCGACGUCUUUGUGUACCACUCUCGCGGCUACAAGGAUAUUGUAGGCGACCCCCUCAACAACCCGGACCGACGCACGCGCGUGCAAAGGUUGUACUGGAAGGCAGACGGCACCCCUGACUUUGGCAUCCCCGUCGCGGAGGGCAAGACACCUGUCAAGCUCGCCGCUGCCGGGGGCCAUCUGGCCAAUAACGGGGACGGUGAACCCAUUGUCGUCUCGAUGGGGGCGAGCCUGGGACAGACGCUGUUCCGCGUCAACGAGCCUGGUCUGGCGGGGGAGGGCUCUGUCAGCUUGGAGAGCGGUAACUUGCCUGGACACUUUAUCAGCAACCAAGACGGUCGUGCCGUGCUGGUCAGUGCGUCGGACUCUGACGCGUUCAAGGCGGCUGCGAGCUUUGAGCAAGUGGCUGGCCUGGCUGGGCAGGGUGUCUCCUUCAAGUCGGGCGAUCUGUAUCUGAGUGCUGGGUCCUGCGGUGUCAAGUUUAUUGAGGCACCGACGGAGGAGGGGGCCACUUUUACUGAGGAGUAG